AUGGCCGACCCCUCACCUUCCUUAAAUCGCGCCCAAGCCGAAUGGCAGCGACGAAACUCGACACUAUCAGACUCGCUCUCCGAAGCCCGUAACUCCAUCCGUUCAUCAACAGACGGCCUCUUUCUCCCGCGUGUAACCGAAGAACAGCCCCUAGAGGAAUCGCAUUGGCAUUCAGCACCACUGGGACUCGCCCUACUGCCAGCGAUCGCGGGUAUCUUCUUCCAAAAUGGCAGUUCCUUCGUGACCGACGUGACAUUGCUGGUGCUGGCUGCGAUCUUCCUCAACUGGUCUGUGAGGUUGCCUUGGGAUUGGUAUCGCUCAACCCAAGCAAUCCGCAAAGAAAGUGGUCUUGCCGAUCCAACUACAUUCCACGAUGAAGAGAUCGAAACCCCGGAUUCCCCAGAUCAGCCGCACCACCAACACCAACACCAACGCCAACACCAAAAAUCAGCAGCAGCCGCAAGCAGAGAACUCCAAAUCCAUGAACUAGCCGCCCUAGCCUCCUGCUUCAUCUUCCCAAUGAUAGGAACCUGGCUCCUGCACGGCAUCCGCUCAAGCCUCUCACGCCCCUCGGAAGGCCUAGUAUCAAACUACAACCUAACCAUCUUCCUACUGGCCUCCGAAGUCCGCCCAGUCGCCCACCUCCUAAGACUAGUGCAAUCACGCACAAUCCACCUACAAAGAAUAGUCUCCGACGCAGAAUCCGAUCCGCAUAGCGUCCCAGUAGACCCAAGCACAAUCCAAGAUUUAACAAAACGCCUCGAAGAGCUCGAAGCUCACAUAGCCGAGAGGGCAGCCGCGCGCCUGCAGCCUCAAUCUCAAAAUGCCGGAACUGGAACUGGAAACCUCUCCCCAAAACAACAACCAUCCGACUCCCCUUCCCUCCUAACCCAAUGCAUAACCGAAACCCGCCGCAUCGUCCAACCAGAUAUCGACGCUCUCAACCGCGCAGUGCGCAGAUAUGAAAAGCGCACGGCUCUUUCGACGCUGCAGACUGAUCAGCGGUUACUUGCGCUCGAGACAAAGGCCCAUGAUGCGGUUUCGUUGGCUGCUGCUGCGCAGAGGGCUACGUCGCAGCGGGCUGGGUAUGCUGCUAUCCUGCUUGAAGCUAUUUGUGCUUGUUUUGUUAUUCCUGCGCAGGUUUUCUUGUCGCUUGGUGCUUUCCCUGGGCGGGUUGUUUCUGGUUGUUUAGAUUGUGUUCGGAGAGUGGUUUUGCCUAAAAAGGCUGGGUCUAAAAGGGAAGGGGAGAGGGAAAGGGCCAAGGGAAAGGGUGGAUUGCAGCGGCAGGCUGUUACUGCCGCGCAGAGGAGAUCUGGGAAGGUCAAUGGGUCUGGGGAAGGGAUUUGA